ACCGGUGCUGAAUCAGUCCGACGACAGCCCGCAAACCGGCGAACGAAGGUCCCGGCGCUCCGAGGUGUCCCGUCUCUCGCCUUCGACUUCGUUGCGCUUCAUCCCGACAAGCGGGCGUGCCCAGUCCAGGCAGCGCGGCGGGCGCAGCUCGAAGCGAGCACCACAAGAGGCCAUCAACGCUCGCGCGCCGUUGACGUCACCAGCUUGGCCCUGCAGGAGCCUCGCGUGCCUCCCGCACAAAGCUCUACAAGACUUGCAGCAGCAAUGGACCGUGGCGGCCUGCCGUGCUGGGUGCUGCUUUGCGCCGUAUGCCUAGUGCAGGCAAGACCGCGCUUCUACGGCCUGGCUCCCAUGAAGCCCAGGAGUCUCACGGUGAACAUCUCAGGGCUUCCGGAGUGCAUGGAAGACAGCGCUUGCGCCUAUGUGCAACUCAACCUCGCCGGCAUCAACUCCGAGCAGCUCUGCCGCUGCCCUGACGGCCUCAGCUGCCCCCUCGACUGGGACCCGCUGGACGGACGCACCGUGUCACACGGCAACGACCAAUACAAGUACUGCGGGCGGGCGCCACGUCUGGCGCGCUGCCUGCGUGACCAGGUGGUGUACAGCACGGCGGUGAAGCUGUCGUUGCUGACGGGCAUCAAGCUGGAGAACACGGCGCGCCUGCACUGCUCGUGCCCGCCCACGCACAUCUUCUACCGCAACCAGACGAGCCACCAGCAGUACGACAACGGCGUCACCGCCAUCGACGUCAGCACGCUCUGCAAACGCCCUCCGACCUGCGAGCCCGUGGAAGAGGACGCCUGCAUGGCCAUCUCGGAGUCCUUCGUCACCGGGACGGUUUUCGUGAAGCGCGACUGCGCCUGCCCAGCAGGGAUGCGCUGCCCGACCGACUUGGACCUGGCCGCAGACCGCGUCGAGCUAGCCAAGGGCACCUACUACCUCAUGAACUGCCUCCCCGAGCGCGCCUGAACGGCGCGCCGCCACCGCAGCCGCCAAUAAAAGCUCGCGCGGCGCUCAUCCGCCCUCCACCCUGCCCGCAAAGUGUUCAGUCGCGAUCCACUGCGUACGCACCUCUGCCAAACAUACCGCUGCAGGCCGCCGCGCGAGCCUGCAGCACAACGCGAGCCGUUUUUCCGUGUUCCAGGGUGGCACAUGUAUACUCGAGGCUGCUAUGCUCUCGCGAAAGCACCGGAGCCGAUGCGGAGAUGGAGCGCUACGGCUGCUGUCGAGCAACACGCGGCAACGGAUCCGCGUGCGCCCCGCACCCCUCAGCAGUAUUCUUUUUCCGGUAUUCACUUGCUCCAGACGCAGAUUUACGCGUUGUCAUGUGUACAGCAGCAAUGCUUGCGCUGGCUCCUAAGCUGUUCUGACGGUACUGUUACACUGUGCGCUGUUGUGCUCACGCCCCAUUAACCCAUGCGAAAAGGGCCUACUAACGUGAAUAAAUUGUUCACUCGUAAUAUCGCGCAGCAAUUAGGCAAGCUUACACGGGCUCUCUGGCAAAGACUGUACGGCGUGCAACUGUCGAGUGUGCGCGGCUAGAACGACGUGGCAAUAUUUUAAAGCAAGUGGACGUAGUGGCAUCUCGUUAAAAAAAUAUAUAUACAAUGGCACCAAUUUGUAUACGACUUAGAGGAAACCAGUCUGCAGGCGUUUAUGUCAACAAAAUAUUGAAGUUUGCAUUUUCCGAUCUCGCGUUAUACCAUGCGAAAAUCACAAUUUAUGUUUUAAAAUACGUCGACGACUCUGGCUUCGUAUCGCCAACGUGUGUGUUUUGGAAGGCGAGUCACGCUCUAAAACUGCAAACAUCGAACUCGCACGUAAAUCGACCGUCACACGCUUCCGCGCCUGAGUAGUAAACAAAAAGAAAAAAUUCUGAAAGAAAAUGCCUGGUUUUGAUAACUUUAAUACUGCCCACCUAUCGUGCCACCAGAGUACACUACGUGCGCAAGCGCCUAUGCUAAUCAGAGCCGGCAGUCUCGGCUGAGAGACCGAGAGAGAGAGAAAGUGAAGAAAAUAUUUUACACUCUGACUCGCGAGUGUGGGUCCUCCUUCCCUAGUGCGCCGUGGCCACAAGCGCUAGGUUUACUUUGAAGCGCGUUUUACUUUGAAAAAGCCUAUGCACCACCGGCGCUCACAUUUUCACGCAUGCCUUGGACCCGGCUGUUCCUGAUUAGAAAGUCACCAUAACUUUCUUGAACAGCAGGAGACGAUCGCGUUUCUCUUGCAGAGAAAGCUUUCGGCUGUGCUUCUUUUGCCAUACGCUUAAUGAACUCACGCAAAUUAUUCGCAGUGACGAUACUGCGGCAAGUAAACUAAGUACACGUGAUUAAAGGGCGACGAGGACAUGAAGCCCGGGAUACAAACGUUUCACAUAAUGUUUCUACAAAAACAACAUGACUAGCACCUCGACCACUCUCUCUUUAAUGAACGAGAACUACCUGCACUGGCAAAAACAAUUUCGCAUGGGUAAGUGUAUAAAAGAGCUUAAAUCGGUAGUGAAGAAGGUCACAGAAAAGCAAUGCUUUGAAAUGGCGACGUGUGAUUUCCUAUAGAUGCAAAAAAUAAUACUAGCACGUCUCUUGAGCAGACGUCUAGAUCACACGUACUCGCCAGAAAAAGCACGUAACACACUCGUCAAAGCGCGCACAACGCGAAGUUGCACGCCGUGUUCCCAUCACGAGUGUGGUGCAAAAAACAUGCUCCGAGAGGACGCUUGGUGCAAGAUUAUAACGCGCCAGUACAUCGUUUAUAGAAUUCCCCAUACCAUUUAGAGGGACGAGUGACCUCAAAGUCCCCAUGUAAUGUAGUGAUGGCCCUGUUAGAACGCCUCCCAAGAAUGAAAGGCCUUCUCGGCAGCCCUGAGUGCUUAUUUAGCGACAUCCUCACAGCAGUGGGUCCUUUUGUAACCUAAACCAUCACUUCUUUUCGUGAAAUACUUAGUCUUCUUAAUCGUACUUCGUUAUGCGUUCUUCGUUCUCCUUGUUCCCCGCUUUUGCAGAAACCGCAUCAGGAAGGCAAGCGAAAAUAAAAUUCUAUGUACAUUGA